AUGAGAUCAGGGUCAUCAGACACAAACUUGUUACAUCCAGUAGCAACCUUAGGUUCCAUCAUUUUUUGGAAUAUUUUUGAAUGUCACCAGUUGUUCAAUAAUUACGUAGUAAAUAAAAAAUUUUAUAAUUUUUAUCGUGAAUAUGUAGUUUUAUCGCGAACACGGUGUAUUUAUUCCUGUUUUGAUGACGAGGUAUGCAUUGCGGUUGCCUAUCAUGGAUAUCGACAGAUGUGUUUUUUAUUUGAAUCAUUUCCAGCUUGUAAAACCUCUACUACGGACAUUGGUAUGGUAACGUAUAUGUCUCCAGAUAAAUUUGUUUACAACAUCGCCUUAAAUAAACCAGCCCUGAUGAGCAGUGUAUAUCUGAAUGAGAAAGGUUGCAAAGCUGUUGAUGGUGAUUUGAGUGGUCAAAUUCACUCUAACGGCAAAUCUCUGGAAUGGUGGUGUGUUGACCUGGGGAAAAUAUACAACUUUACAUCUAUCGUCAUUUAUAACAAUAUGGGAUACAGCUCUCACGUCAACAGACUACGAGGUUUCAAAUUAAGAUUAGACGAUAAUGGUCAAUGUAAUGAGGAAACACUAAAUAAUUCCGUCGUUUGUUACAAGGAUAAAGAAACAUGGGGUAGAUACGAGUACCACUUAACAUCAUGUAACCAACCAGACGUGGAUUUCUCAUCCCGAUUUAUAUUCAUCAAUCCUAGAUCACACGAAAUUCUUUCAAUUAGAGAAGUGGUUGUAUCAGCUACAGAUGUUUGA